ACCGCAGGGAGCCGGGCACUGGGAGCACCGGAGGGCGGAGCGGAGCGCGGCCAGCGGCGGGCGGCGGGCGAGCGACCCCACAGCAGCCCCCACAUCUCUGCUGCCUGUGACCGCGCCUGCCCCCGGGGCCCGCGGCGGCCCGGCGCACGAGCGCUGACCUCUGCGGAGGCGGCGCGGGCUCAGCAUCGGGCCGGGGCCGGGAGGGGCACCGGGGCCGGGGGGAGGCGCUCCGGCCCGGCCCGGCCCCGCCCGAUGUCCAUGAGUGCGAACACCAUGAUCUUCAUGAUUCUGGGGGCGUCGAUCGUGAUGGCCAUCGCGUGCUUGAUGGACAUGAACGCGCUGCUGGACCGAUUCCAUAACUACAUCCUCCCGCACCUGCGGGGCGAGGACCGCGUCUGCCACUGCAACUGUGGCCGGCACCACAUCCACUACGUGAUCCCAUACGACGGGGACCAGUCGGUGGUGGACGCAUCUGAGAACUACUUUGUGACAGACAAUGUGACCAAGCAGGAGAUCGACCUUAUGCUGGGGCUGCUUCUGGGCUUCUGCAUCAGCUGGUUCCUGGUGUGGAUGGAUGGUGUCCUGCACUGUGCUGUGCGCGCCUGGAGGGCUGGUCGGCGCUAUGAUGGCUCGUGGACCUGGCUGCCCAAGCUGUGCAGCCUGCGGGAGCUGGGCCGGCGGCCGCACAGGCCCUUCGAGGAGCCCACAGGGAACAUGGUGCACGUGAAGCAGAAGCUCUACCACAACGGCCACCCCAGCCCACGGCACCUGUGAGUGCACAGGACUCGGGGCUGCUGUGCACAUGUAAAGGGACCUCGUGGACGCUCAGCUGGCAAGACGGGACUGCGGCCUCAGGCCCAGGGUAUGCUGGGCUGUGGCCAGUUGGGUUGUGGCCAGCAGGCAAAUCCAGUGGAAGGUGCUGUCUCUUCUUUUUAUAAAGGGGGUCGGGUGGGGGCUGGGGUUGGGAUGGCCAUUGGGCUUCAGGGACAGCAACCUGGUUUCCACAGUGAGCAGGACACAAAGGCAGGCUUUUAGAGGUGCUGGGGCCAAGGGUGGUGGGUUCACAAUGGAGACAGACAUGGCCUGGGUCAUGCUAGCCUAAGGCCACAUCUCAUUGAAAGCCACUGUUUCCUGUGCACCUGUUGUCCAUCCGUCCGUCUGGAGGGGAGGGAUGUGUCAGGGCCUGCGCCCAUCUGCACACGGGAGCAUGUGCAUGGGGCGUGUGCGACUGGAGGACUGGAGGGUGGGACUGGAAGGGCGGGCCCCCAGCAGCAAUAAAGAUGUGAUGGCCCCAGGUGUCCCAGCCCUCACUGUGAAGCCCACCCUGCCUGGCCAGUAAAUUCUCCAGAAAGCUCCA